ACGGUUUAAAUCCGGCCAAAAUUUACCCACUCGGGGUGUGCAAAAUUCACGUUCAAAUUUUCGUUUCAACCGGUCAAAGGCUCUAGAAAAAAUUCGGAUAUCAAUUUAAUUUGUUGCGUUAGAGAGGAGAACCUGCGGUCAGCCUGGAGAAUAGCACUUCGCGCGGGCCCGUUGGAUGCCGACGAGUUGCAGGGCGCGCUCUCGGCGAGCGAACCCCGGCGGGGAGCCGACUCACGUUCUGGUGAGACGGCCGAGGCCGACCUGUUCACCUCUCAGUUGCGCUUCUGGUGUAGGGCUCGACACAGUGACGACCGUCUACUGUCCUUCCUUUCACGGUCUCACAUUCUUUAGAACGGAUAGUUUUUGGAAGAACGGCUCCUAAAUGGCCGGUCAGGAGGAGGUCGGCAUCAGGGAUUUCGUCCUUCUCGACGAAAUAACCAUGCCCAGGUUUAUGGACAACCUGAAGAAGAGAUUCAACGCCGGCCAUAUUUAUACAUACAUCGGAGAAGUAUGCGUUUCUGUCAAUCCUUACAGGACGUUGAAUAUCUACGGGCCGGAGCAAAUCCAGAAAUAUAAAGGAAGAGAAAUGUUUGAAAACCCACCACAUAUAUUUGCCAUUGCUGAUAGCACACAUAAAGCAAUGAAGCAACAGGGCAGAGACACAUGCGUCGUCAUUAGUGGAGAGUCAGGCAGCGGGAAGACAGAAGCAUCUAAAAUAAUCAUGAAAUACAUAGCAGCCGUGACAAACGUGGGGCAGAGGCAGGAAAUUGAAAGGGUCAAAAAUGUCCUGCUUCAGUCCAAUGCAAUAUUAGAAGCUUUUGGAAAUGCAAAAACCAAUAGGAAUGACAAUUCUUCCCGAUUUGGGAAAUACAUGGACAUACAUUUUGACUUUAAAGGUGACCCCAUUGGAGGCCAUAUAAGUAAUUACUUGCUGGAAAAAUCUAGGGUCAUCAAACAACAAUCCGGGGAAAGAAAUUUUCACAGUUUCUACCAGGUACUUUCAGCAUGCAAAAAUCCAGAUAUGAAGAUGUUGGAGCUAAGCGGAGAUCCAAAAUCUUACUUUUACACAAGUCAAGGAUCUUCAAGCCCUCCAACUGACAAUGACAGGAUGAAUCAUCGUACUACCAUUGCAUCUUGUAAAACUCUUGGAUUCACAGCAUCAGAAAUUGACACAUUGUGGCGAGUAGUUGCAGCCGUUUUACACCUUGGUAAUAUAAAAUUUGAAGUCGACACAAACUCUGAAGGUGUAAAGGUGUGUGGCACUGGUGCAGGAGUAGUCAGUCGGCUGCUGCAAGUGACAGAGACCGAACUUUGCACAGCACUGACAGAAAGAGUCAUUGCUGCCAGAGGUGAGGUCAUGCAAAAGACACACACAAUUACGCAGGCUGAGUUUGGGCGAGAUGCACUAGCCAAAGCCAUUUACGACAAAUUGUUCACAUGGAUUGUGAAAAAGGUGAACUCUGCCAUCGAAGUACAAGGUACAUACCAUCGAGCAACCUUAAUCGGUGUUCUGGACAUUUACGGAUUUGAAGUAUUUGAUUCGAACAACUUUGAGCAACUGUGCAUCAACUAUUGCAAUGAAAAACUUCAACAGUUGUUUAUAGAACUUGUUCUUAAGCAAGAGCAAGAAGAAUAUCUGAGAGAAGGAAUUGAAUGGCAGAAUGUCGACUAUUUUAACAAUCAGAUCAUCUGUGAACUUGUAGAAAGGCCUCAUCAGGGUAUAUUCUCCAUAUUGGAUGAAGCUUGUCUAAGUGUUGGAAAAAUUAACGAUGAGACACUACUAGAAGCUAUGGACAAAAAAUUGGACAAGCACAAGCACUACAUGAGCCGGCAGAUAAACCCAAUGGACAAAUUGUUAAAACACAAGACCCAAUUUAGAAUUGUACAUUAUGCGGGUGAUGUUGUUUAUAACAUAGAAGGAUUUCUUGACAAAAACAAAGACACAUUGUUUCAAGACAUGAAACGGCUUUUAUACAGUUCUUCAAAUUCCAUUAUUGCGUCUAUGUGGCCUGAAGGCGCCAUGGAUAUUACAAAAACAACGAAGCGCCCACUUACUUCCGGUACACUUUUUAAAAAUUCUAUGAUUGCUCUUGUUAAAACCUUGGGAAGCAAAGAACCAUUUUAUGUACGGUGUAUUAAACCAAAUGAACAUAAAUCACCUAAUGGGAUUGAUGAUCAAAGAGUAGAACAUCAGGUAAGCUACCUCGGAUUACUUGAAAAUGUAAGAGUACGACGAGCAGGAUUUGCACAUAGACAUCGAUAUGAUUUAUUCCUCAAAAGAUACAAAAUGAUAUCACAAUUUACUUGGCCCAAUUUCCAUGCUGGAAGCCCUCGUGAAGGAACGAGAGUUCUGAUCGAUGAAAAAGGCUUUUCGAAAGAUGUCAAAUACGGAAAGACAAAGAUUUUCAUUAAAUCCCCAGCAACUCUCUUCAAAUUAGAGAAAAUGAGAGCAGAUUUAAUCCCUGAAAUCGUAAUUUUACUCCAGAAGCAAUGGAGAGGUGCUAUAUGUAGAAUUCGUUAUAGAAAAAUGAAAGCAGCCCUUAAGAUCAUGGAAUGCUAUCGAAAGUUUAAAAUUAGGCAUUACGUCAAUCAGCUUAACUAUACAUUUAAAAAUGCCAGGAAUAUGCGGGAUUGGGGUAAAUCCUUGAGAUGGCCAACGCCCCCAUCACAGGUAAGGCAUAUUGAGCCUAUUUUGAGACGGCUCUUUGACAGAUGGAGAGCAUCAAUGAUCCUACAGCCAUAUCCAAAAUCCGAUUGGCAGCAACUCAGAAUGAAGAUCUCUGCAGCAUGUGUUCUCAAAGGGAAACGUGCAAGUUGGGGCCAGGAAAGGAAGUGGGAAAGCAAUUACCUUGCCUAUGCAUCUGAAAAUCCAUCUGUUGAUAUAUACAACAAUAGCAUUCGCAACCUCAAAAACAGUGAUCAUUUCCAUUUUAUUUUGUUUUCAUCAUACAUUAUGAAGACAAAUAGGUUCAACAAGUGUGCAGAACGGGCGCUUCUUGUAACCGAGCAUUCGAUUUAUAAAUUGGAUGUCAAUAAAUUCAAACCGAUGAGAAGUGGAAUUCCAAUUCAAGAGAUUACAGGGCUGAGCUUAAGCCCAGGACGAGAUCAAUUAGUCGUGAUCCACACCAACAAAGGAAAUGACUUAGUAGUCACAAUUAAGUCAGAAGAGGACCGUGUUGGUGAACUAGUCGGUGCUUUGUGCUCUCGAUACAACCAGUUAAGAGGUACUGAUUUGAGAGUCAAUGUGGCUGUCAAAUUCCACUGCAUGCUCGGGAACAAAAGCAGGCCACUACGGGUUGAAGUAAUGCAGGACGCAAGCCUUGCCAGCUUCAAAAAAGAUACUGCUAACAAUGGGAUUGUUUAUGUGCUUCCUCCAAAUUUUGCCUUGAAAGCGCAAUAAAUAUUAUAUAAAGACAUCAAAUGUUUAAUUUUUAUGCUUAUAUUGAUUGGUCUCUUUGAUAAAACUAUUGAAUAUUAUUAACUGUACUUAAUUUGGUGCCUUUGCUAGUGCCUACUCAAAGAGGGUAAACAUUUUGUUUUAAAUAUUAGUGUUAACACAUUGCGUCAAUUAAAAUGAAAUAUUGUUGAACAAUAAUGUGCCACAUUGUUUAUUGGAGAUAAUUUAUUGUUGAAUUAUGGCCAAUUUUGUUUAAAGGUUUCAGUCUGUACUCUAACAUUAAUAGUUUUGAAAAAAAAUUACAAAAUAUAGUUAUGUAUUUAUAUUUAAAGCCAAAGAUGUGUCAUGUUUUUAAUUAUCUGCAUUUAUUAUGAGUAGAAGUCAAAUUUGAAUAUGUAUUGACAUUUCCCUCUUUUAUAAAUAAUAUUUAUUGUGAUAUUUAUUGGUUAUUUUUUAUUUCAAAAAAUUAUAAAGAGAUGCCAUAAAUUAUUUUGUAUAUUGAAAAAAAAUGUAUACAUAUUAAUGUGAAUUCUGCAUAACUCCGUUCUGUAACAGUUUUGAAGUUGUGCUGAACAUCACUGACAUUAUUAUAAAUGUUUGAUUAACUUAUUUAUGAAAUUAAAUAUUUGUUUUGUAAAAUUAA